AAAUAUAAGUUUUUUUUUCUUUGUAUACUCGUUUAACAAAGGAUUAGAUAAAUUCUUUAUGAUCAGUUCCAUUUAUACCUAAACAUAACGAAAUUAAUUUUCACUAAUAAAAAUAAUGUCGUCGUUUUAUACUCCAGAAAAGAACGAACAACAACAAUCAUCGAUGACAAUGAAUAAAUCGACAAAUGUUUUCUAUCAAAAUCAUCGUGUAUCAAGAGAUAAACGAGCCGAAUCAUUAUCGAAUGGAAGACAAUUUCGUGGCUGUACUGUUUGGUUUACAGGAUUGUCAUGUGCUGGAAAAACGUCAAUUUCAUUUGCUGUGGAAGAAUUUCUUACUAGGCAUCAGAUUCAUGCAUAUGCAUUAGAUGGUGAUAAUAUUCGUUAUGGAUUGAAUUCAGAUUUAGGAUUCUCUGAAAAAGAUCGCGGUGAAAAUAUACGUCGUAUUGCUGAAGUAGCACGUUUGUUUGCCGAUAGUGGUACAAUUACAUUGGCCAGCUUUAUCAGUCCAUUUAGUAAAGAUCGUAAAAAGGCUCGUGAAAUUCAUGAAAAGGAUUCCAUAGUGUUUAUCGAAUGUUUUGUUGAUACACCAUUAGAUGUGUGUGAACAAAGAGAUGUAAAAGGUCUUUAUAAAAAAGCUCGUGCCGGUGAAAUAAAAGGAUUCACUGGUAUCAAUCAGGAUUAUGAACGUCCGGAAAAUCCGGAUCUUGUGCUAAAAGCUAGUGAAGAUACAAUUGAUCAAUGUGUUCAAAAAGUGAUUGAUCUUCUCAUCAAAAGAAACAUCAUAUCAUUGGACAAAAUUCAAGACAUUCAUGAAUUGUUCAUCAACGAACAUGAUAAACCAAAUGAAAUGAUUCGAGCUUCUCGUUUACCAUCAAUAAACAUAUCAACUGUUGAUCUUCAAUGGAUACAGGUCUUAUCUGAAGGUUGGGCUACUCCAUUAAAGGGUUUUAUGAAUGAAACGGAAUAUCUACAAUGCAUAAAUUUCGGAAUGCUUGUUAAUGGUAAAUGGCACAAUCAAACGAUUCCUAUUACAUUGGCAAUUACAAAUGAGCAAAAAUCAUACUUGGCUUCGAUUCUCAAUGGUGGUGAUGACAAUAAUGGUGAUUAUAAUUGCAAUGGAUUCAACAAUGAUCAACAAGAAAACGCUGUUAAGAAAAGUGUGACAUUGAAAUAUAAUGAUAAGAUAAUUGCCAUAUUGGAUGAUUAUGAAGUUUAUGAGCAUCGUAAAGAGGAACGAGCUGCCAGUGUUUUUAAAACUACUAACAUUGGCCACCCAUCUAUCCGUAUGAUUAUGGAUAGUGGUGAUUGGUUGAUCGGUGGCCGAUUGAAGGUGUUUGAUCGUAUCUUAUGGAAUGAUGGCCUUGAUCAAUAUCGAUUAACACCAAGAGAAAUUCGAUCGAAAUUGAGAGAAAUGAAUGCUGAUGCAGUUUUUGCGUUUCAGCUACGCAAUCCAAUACACAACGGACAUGCAUUGUUGAUGCAAGACACUAAGCGUCAAUUAUUGGAACGUGGCUAUAAAAAUCCAGUACUACUUCUGCAUCCAUUAGGUGGUUGGACCAAAGAUGAUGAUGUUCCCUUACAUGUUCGCAUUUCACAACAUCAAGCUGUGAUAAAGGAAGGUGUUCUCGAUGAACAUUCAACUUUGAUGGCAAUAUUUCCGUCUCCUAUGUCUUAUGCUGGACCACGUGAAGUUCAAUGGCAUGCCAAAGCUCGUUUAGUCACUGGUGCUAAUUUUUAUAUUGUUGGUCGUGAUCCGGCUGGUAUUCCGCAUCCCGACAAAGAUAAAGACCUUUAUGAUCCAUCACAUGGACGUAAGGUACUUAAAAUGGCACCCGGUUUAACGAAAUUCGAAAUCAUCCCAUUCCGUGUUGCUUCGUAUAAUAAAAAAGAAAAUCGUAUGAUGUUCGAAACUGAAGGCAUGAAUCCAAAAGAUUUUGAUCGAAUAUCCGGAACGCGAAUGCGAAAAAUGGCAAAAAAUGGUGAAAAUCCGCCUGAUGGUUUUAUGGCAAAAACAGCAUGGAAAGUUUUGUCAGAUUAUUAUCAAUCUUGUUAAUUAUGCUGUCAAACAUAUUUAUAGGAAUUAUAUUAUUAAAUGAUUGUUUGUUAUUCA